AUGGCUGUGGAAACUCGAUGGUUCAGGUAUGUUCAAAGUUGCAAGCAUAAAAAAAUCCUAAGUGAUGUUAACCGUGUGCGACCUGAUAAAGUGUUUGAGUGGAACAAUUGGGUCCCGAAAAAAGUUGGCAUGGUGGCAUGGAGAGCAGAGAUGGAACGUUUACCGACCAGGUGUGCUCUAGCAGCUCGGAAUAUAUCGGUGCAAAACCGCACGUGUGUUAUGUGUGGUAACGAUGAUGAGACCAGUGAGCACAUUUUUGUAUCAUGUCAAUUUGCACAACUGAUAUGGCAAAACGUUGCGACCUGGUGCACGAUUCCCCCGAUUAUUGCAUUCGAAAUAAAAGAUCUACUCACACUACAUGAGAUAUGUUCGGGUUCAGCCAAGAAGAUAAAGGCGUUAUAUGCAGUCAUCUUGGUAACGCUCUGGAAUAUUUGGAAGUCGAGGAACGAAGCCGUGUUUCAACAAAAAAUACCGAAUACGACUAAGAUUCUGGACGAAAUUAAAGCGUUGGCGUAUCUUUGGGUGAAGAACCGGUCAAAGUUGGUGUCUCUAACAUGA